AUGGAUUUAAUAAAGAAAAACGAAAAAGAAGAACAAGCAUCGAGAGAGUUAAAACACACGAAUAUACCAAGAGAAACAUCCAGUAAAAGAAGUAAAAAGGAUGUGAAUCUUGUUAAAGAUUUUACAACGUUAGAAGAUCCCGACUUGCCAUAA